AUGAGUGACCAUGGAGAGAAGACCUGUCCACUGUGUGCUGAGGAGAUGGAUCUCACUGAUCAGCAAUUGAAGCCUUGCCAAUGUGGCUAUCAGAUAUGUGUUUGGUGUUGGCAUCACAUAGUGGACAUGGCAGAGAAAGAUCAAAUAGAAGGGCGUUGUCCAGCUUGUCGCACUCCAUAUGACAAAGAAAAGAUUGUUGGGAUGACUGUUAAUUGCGACAGUCUGGCCUCUGAAGGCAACAUGGAGCGCAAGAAGGUUCAAAAGUCAAAAUCAAAAUCUUCUGAAGUGAAAAAGCAACUCACCAGUGUGCGAGUCAUUCAAAGGAAUCUUGUUUACAUUGUUGGGUUGCCCCUUAAUCUGGCAGAUGAAGAUCUACUCCAUCAUAAAGAAUAUUUCGGUCAGUAUGGAAAAGUUCUAAAGGUUUCAAUGUCCCGAUUAGCAUCUGGUGUCAUCCAACAAUUCCCAAACAGUACAUGCAGUGUAUAUAUUACUUAUGCAAAAGAGGAAGAGGCUGUUCGCUGCAUUCAGGCUGUUCAUGGGUUUAUCUUGGAUGGUAAAGCACUGAAGGCCUGUUUUGGGACAACCAAGUAUUGUCAUGCAUGGCUGAGAAAUGCGGCAUGCGUCAAUCCUGAUUGUCUCUAUUUGCACGAAGUUGGUUCUGAAGAGGAUAGUUUCACAAAAGAUGAGGUCAUAUCUGCCCAUACAAGGAGUAGAGUUCAGCAAAUCACUGGAGCAACAAAUAUUAUGCAGCACCAUUCAGGGAGCAUGCUACCUCCACCACUAGAUGCUUAUUGUGACAAUUCUUUUACAAAACCAAUUGUAAAAGUUCCUUCAACUAGUGCAGCAAGUGUUCCCAGGUAUUCUCCACCUAGUGGGAGCGGGAGCUCUAGCAGAUCCACUGCUCUUCCUGCUGCAUCAUCAUGGGGGACACAUAUUGCAAACCAGCAGUCUUUCGCAUCUUCAGUUACCUCAAAUGGAUCUUCUGAUAUACAAAGAUCAACAUCAGUAAAUGGAACCUUGCCCUUUUCUGCUGUUGUUGCAAACGCAGCUCAUGGGCCUGUAUCCUCAAGUGACAUUCUUAAAAGACCGUCUCCCAAAGAUGAAAGCCAAACUGUUGCUGACAAAAGUAAACUUAAUGUGUUGAAGCCUUUGCAGCAUAGUGUUAAGGUUGAUUCUGUGUCCAAGAGAACCAUCUCAUCCGAGAGGGAUCCUACUAGCAAUUGGUUAUCUAGAUCAACAGACUCUUCCUACGAUGGCAGAGGCACUGACAAGGCUUCAGCUACCGUGAACUCGUUUGACGAUUCAAUUGAAGCUGUAGAAGAUGUCCCUACUGUAACCAACUUGUCGGUUGGUGUUUCGCGCAUGGGGAUAACUACGAAUUCUGUGGAUGAACGUCCUGAUAUUCCAAUGGACAAUAGUAGUCAGUGUGAUCAAGGUUCUAUUAGACAACCUGGUCCUGAAGUAUCAAAGUUGCCACAUUUAGAGGAGUGUAGGAUGGAUAGCUCUCUAGAGACUGAUAAGAAAGCUGUCCCAUCAGAAAAUGGGCUCCCCUGCACAAGGCCUGAGUGGGAUUGGAGAUCAGAUUUGCAAUCCCAGACGCGAGUUAACUCAAAACUGGAAGUGGAGAAUGUAUCAUCAUUUGAUAGCCAACGGAAACACCCUGAAGAAGAUAUCAUUCGCUCGCGGUUUCUGUCUAAUUCGUCAAGUUCCAUGUUAGAUUCAAAUAAUAUGGCUUCUCGUUCUCCCCUGCCUUUUGAAAUCUCAGGUCUGAACGAUUCACAUUCGAGGUUUGCUUUGGACAGAGGCAGCGAUAGAUUGCAUGUUCCUAAUGGAUUCUGUGAGAAAACCAUGUCCAAUGUGGAGCACUCUCUGUUUGCUAAUGAAGGCAGGAACAAAGUUGGCAAUGCAGAUGAUGCUAUAAUCUCAAACAUUUUGUCACUCGACUUUGAUCCAUGGGAUGAAACCUUGACUUCUCCCCACAAUUUAGCUCAGUUUCUUGGUGAAGUUGAUCAGCGAUCUUCUACUCUUAAACCUUCCAACCUCCUGAAGCAACAUAACAGCCAGUCCAGAUUUUCUUUUGCUCGGUAUGAAGAAUCUAGUAAUCAAACAUUUGGCAGUGAGAACCAUAGCCUUUUUGGACAGUUGCCGAGAGGUAAGCCUAUUCAGGAGUCUGUAGCGAGCCGAGAUAUCUAUCAGGAUAAUCUUGGGAGUCUUAAUGGAUUUGCUUCAAACUACUCUGGUGGAUUGGAAAACUAUGCUGCUAGUCCUAUAUUCUCUUCGUACAAGAAUCCUGUUUCGCGACCCCAAGUUUCUGCUCCUCCAGGAUUUUCUGCUCCCAGUAGGCUACCUCCUCCUGGCUUCUCAUCACAUGAGAGAGUGGGCCUAUCCUCAGAUACUGCAUCAGGAAGUCGUUUUCCUGACUCGAACUCCUUGUUGAGGAGUGCUUAUCAAGUACAGCCUCCAGUUGGUAAUCCGAGUGGAGCAAAUGAUAUUGAGUUUGUGGAUCCUGCAAUUUUAGCUGUGGGAAGAGGGAUGGUGAAUGCAGAGUUGGAUAUGAGAUCAGGAUUCUCAUCUCAAAUGAAUUCCUUUGGAAACGAAACAGGACGGCAAAUGUUGAGACAGCAGUCUCUGUCUGCUGCACAACAACAAGUGAAUGGGUUUCACCAUGAUCACAGAAACUUAUCUCCUUCGCUUGCCACCGAUCCUUACGGAUAUAGUUCAAGGCUAAUGGAUCAUCAGACACAGGGAAGUAGCUUAUCUGCCUUGUCACAGCUCCAAAGACAACAACAACAACAACAACAACCAUCUGCAAAUUCAAACUUGUCUAAUGGUCACUGGGAUAAGUGGAAUCAAUUGCAAAGUGUGAACUCUCUGGGCAUGGCUGAGCUUCUUAGGAAUGAACGGCAGGGAUUUAAUGGGAGCCUAUACAACAAUGGCUAUGAAGAACCCAAAUUCCGGAUUCCAAGCCCUGGAGAUGUGUAUAAUAGGACAUAUGGGAUGUGA